AUGGAACUUCUCCACCUCGUGCACCAGCUGAGGCUCCUUUACCUCCAGCCGGGCUCCCGCAACAGUAAGGCUGAUGCCCUAUCCCGGCAGUUCAGGCAGGAGCCUGCCGGCACCUCCAUGGCAGAACCCAUCCUUCCUCCGGCCAGGAUAAUUGGUAUGGUCACUUGGGAAGUGGAGGACCAGAUUUGGGCUGCCCUGUGUUCCAACCGUGGACCACGGUGCAGACCUCCCAACAAACUAUUUGUGCCCCGGGAACUACGACCUAAAUGUUUGACUGGGGGCACUCCAGCAUUUUUUCCUGCCAUUCGGGAUUCCAGCGCACACUCUCCUUCAUCCCUGGGCGGUUCUGUUGGCCGUCUAUGGCUAUGGACACCCGUGAGUUUAUUGCCGCUUGCACAAAAUGCUCUCGCAACAAGUCUUCCCACAGACCGCCGGCGGGCUUUUUGUGCCCCCUACCUGUGCCCGGCCGUCCCUGGUCCCACAUCGCGUCGGACUUCAUCACUGGAUUCCCCUUAUCCCGAGACUCCCCUCUUCUUCCGAGUGAAUGUUGUCAAACAGCAUGGGAUACCCAUGGACACCGUCUCUGACCGUGGCCCCCAGUUCACUUCCCGGGUGUGGCAGACCUUCUGCAAAGGGAUUGGGUCAAUGGUCAACUUUAAGUCGGGCUACCAUCCACAGAUUAGUGGUCAAGCGGAGAGGACGAAUCAGUGUGUGGAGACCAUGGUGCGCUGUGUUGCCGCCCACCAGCCCGCAUCGUGACCGCAAAUUCUUGCCCCUGGUCGAGUUUGCCUACAACUCGAUGAAGAGCUCUGCUACCGGUAACUCCCCGUUCGAGUGCUCCCUUGGGUAUCAACCCCCUGUGUUUCCCCAACAGGAGGCCGAAGCGGCUGUCCCAUCUUCCCGCCGACAGAUCAGAUGCUGUCAUCAAAUUUGGAGGACCGCCCGUGCCGCCCUUUGAGGGGUUCAGAAAGACUGCGCUGCAGUGCCAACCGGCGGGGCAUCCCGGCACCAUUAUACACUCUCGGACAACAGGUCCUGUUACGGGCCAAGGACCUGCAGAAUCCUGGAAAACGUCAACCCAGUGUGGUCAGUUAAGGAGAUCCUCAUGGACCGUCGGCAGGGUGGGGGGCUGGUAUACCUGGUUGAUUGGGAUGGGUAUGGACCAGAGGAGAGGUCUUGGGUGCCGGCCUCCUACCUUGCUGACCCCUCCCUGUUGGAGGACUACAACCGAGCCAACCCGGGAGUUCUAUGGCGCUCGUCGGGAGACAUGGAAAAAAAUCUACUCCCAAGUGGGCCGGACUGGUAAAAUCACGGCACGAUAACUUCAAAAU